GCGCUAGUCUAGACAUGACGUAAACCAUUGGGCAGGCCCGGAAGACCGAGGCGUUUGCUUCCGUGGCCAAAGGGGCUUCAUUUCCGGGUGAAACUGGCAUUGAGGGUGCUGGGGCGUGCGUGAGGUGUUUGCUGAUGCUUCCUGGUCCAGUGGCCUCCGUCCCGGUGAGCCAGGCAUGAAGAUCACAAGGCAGAAACAUGCCAAGAAGCAUCUUGGCUUCUUCCGCAACAACUUCGGAGUCCGCGAGCCGUACCAGAUCCUGCUGGACGGCACCUUCUGUCAGGCGGCGCUGCGAGGCCGCAUCCAGCUGCGGGAGCAGCUGCCCCGCUACCUCAUGGGGGAGACGCAGCUGUGCACCACAAGAUGUGUGUUAAAAGAGCUAGAAACGUUGGGAAAGGACUUAUAUGGGGCAAAACUGAUUGCACAAAAAUGCCAAGUUCGAAAUUGUCCUCAUUUCAAGAAUGCAGUGAGCGGAUCAGAAUGUCUGCUUUCCAUGGUUGAAGAGGGAAAUCCUCAUCAUUAUUUUGUGGCAACACAGGAUCAGAAUUUGUCUAUGAAAGUGAAAAAGAAGCCUGGAGUUCCUCUCAUGUUUAUUAUUCAGAACACUAUGGUUUUGGACAAACCUUCUCCCAAAACAAUUGCCUUUGUAAAAGCAGUGGAGUCAGGUCAGCUUGUCUCAGUGCAUGAGAAAGAAAGUAUCAAACACCUCAAAGAGGAACAGGGUUUAGUGAAAAACCCUGAACAGAGAAGAAGAAAAAAGCGCAAGAAGAUAAGUGGUCCCAAUCCUCUUAGCUGUUUGAAGAAAAAGAAAAAGGCACCGGACACACAAUCAUCUGCUUCUGAAAAGAAAAGAAAAAGAAAAAGAAUUCGGAACAGAUCUAACUCAAAAGUACUUUCUAAGAAGCAGAAUGCAGAAGGAGAAUGAAUCCUUUGGAUACUUUUAAGGACAUUCAAAUGUGAAAAUGAAUUUUUUACAACUAGAAGUAUUUAUAAUAAAAGACCAAACAUUUUUGUAAAUUAACCCAUAUGCUUUAGCUAAAAUUAAUUAUAAAAUAAAAACAGUGACCAGUCUAGCCAGCAUGGCAAAACCCCAUCUCUACUAAAAUACAAAAAUUAGCUGGGCACGAUGGUGCACAGUUGUAAUUCCAGCUGCUCAGGAGGCUGAGGCAUGAGAAUCACUUGAACCUGGGAGGCAGAGAUUGCAGUGAGCCGAAUUCGCGUCACUUCACUCCAGCCUGGGCAACAGAGUGAGAACCUGUCUCAGAAAAAAAUAAAAAUAAAAAAAAUAAAAA